AUUUAGCGGUUACGAACAUAUUCGUCACUAUUCAUUGCUUUGCCCACAGCAGAUGAGCUCGCUUAGCCGUUGUAGCAGAGCAUGGCUAUCGUUCGUACUUUUGCAAGAUAUUGGCGCCAUAUGGAUGUGCUACACGGGACAGGUUGCACAAUUGUUCAAGAAUGGCGUUCCCGCUGUUGUUGCAAGGCAGCAUUCUGUGGCUAUUGCAGUUAUGUGUGUGGUAAGGUUAUUUCUUUUGGGGUUUUUCGAAUCUAGCGCACUACACGCCUGCCAUAUUAGCGUUACAAUUUUAUACAUCCUGAGUAUGCUAAUGGAGAUGUUUUAUUACGAAACUAUAAAUACAACAGUGCCAAACGUCGUUCGGGUUGUGGUACAAGUGGUGACCGUCGCAGGAUUUGCGAUGGCACAGCGCUGGCUGUGUGCAAUACCUCAAGCAGAACCAGUGCGAAGAAAGGGGCGACUUUUUGCAAAACACUAUAUGGAGGGACAUCUGUUGGAUCCGCCUGAAACUGACGAAGUUAGAGAACUGAGGAAGAAACAACUCUGAAGAUAUUUGCCUGUUAUUCUUCUUCAGAUAUAAUUUAUUAUAGAUGUAUUUAUUGUCUGAGAUACAGAACUUGCAGAAAAAUAGCUGUCCGUUAUUGGUAGUUAGUAUGUAUUCUCUUCUAUUUCCUGUUUUCCACGUCACACCAUCUAGAAUAACAUGUUCAGUUCAUAUCGUUUCCGAUUGAGACGCUGUACUUCACCAUGCUCAAGAUUUUAUUGCUCAUUUCUGAUCUCAUUUCU